AUUGAGGAGAUCAACAUGAACUCCAACCUUCUGCCCAACACAUCCCUGGGAUUUGACCUCUAUAAAAUCUUCUAUCAUGAGCACCUGGUGUUGAAGAAUUCUGUCACUUGGCUGUCUGGUUUGAAUGAGAACACCCCUAAUUAUAACUGUAGGAAAGAACACAAGUCCGUAGCAGUACUUACAGGAUCAUUUCGGGCAGCAUCUUUCCAAUUUGGCACACUGCUGGACCUCUACAAAUUCCCUCAGCUGACCUUUGGGCCUUUUGAUCCAGUUCUGAGUGACAAGAGGCAGUUUUCUUCUCUCUACCAGAUGGCUUCCAAGGACUCACCCCUGGCCCUCGCCAUGGUCUCCUUGAUGGUUCAUUUCAGCUGGAACUGGGUGGGGUUGCUCAUCUCCGAUGAUGAGAAAGGUUUUCAGUUUCUCUCUGAGUUGAGGGCAGAAAUGAAAAGAAACAAAAUCUGUAUAGAAUUUGUGAAUCUGAUUGCAGGACCAGGCCUUUCAAGUUUCAAAGAAGUUGAAAUGUUUCAAAGCAAUUUCAUAGCUUCCUCAGCAAAACUUGUUAUCAUUUAUGCUGACAUCGACUCUUCCUUUAACCUGAUCUUCAAUAGAUGGCGGCAUUUAUUCACACAGAAAAUCUGGCUCACCACUUCACGGUUAGAUACUAGCACCACCAAGAAACAUUUCCUCUUUGACUCAUUCCAUGGAACUCUCGUUUUCUCCCACCAUCAUGGUGAGAUUUCUGAGUUCAAAACCUUUGCCCAGACAGUAAACCCUUCUAAAUAUCCAGAUGAUAUCUAUCUUUCUUGGUUGUGGUGGAUGUUUUAUAAUUGUCCAGUCUCAGAGUCUGACUGCAAAAUUUUGAAGAACUGUUCAUCUCAAGGCUCCUUGGAAUUGUUACCAUGGUAUCAUUUUGACGUGGCCAUGAGUGAAGAGAGUCACAAUAUCUACAACGCUGUGUAUGCUGUGGCCCAUGCCCUGCAUGAGAUGCUUGUUCAACAAGUAGAAACACAGCCACUGAAAAAUGGGAGCACAGGCUUUCCCCCCUGGCAGCUGCACCCCAUCUUGAAGAACGUCAAAUUUCGCAAUUCUGCUGGCCAUGAAGUUGAUAUGACUCAGAAAGAAAAAGUCAGCUCUGAGGUUGACAUUCUCAAUUUCUGGAAUUUCCCAGAAGGUCUUCAUCUUAAGGUGAAAGUAGGAAAUUUUUCCCCACACUUUCCACCUGAAUACCAGUUAUCUCUAUCUGAGAACAUGAUAGAUUGGGCCACAGGAUUCUCCCAGACCCCUCACUGUGUGUGCAGCGCAAGUUGCAGCCCUGGAUUCAGGAAAUCCCCCCAGGAAGGAAAGGCUGCCUGCUGUUUCGAUUGCACCCUGUGUCCCGAGAAUGAGAUUUCCAAUGGGACAGACAUGGACCAGUGUAUGAAGUGUCCAGAUCACCAGUAUGCCAACAUAGAGCGAAUACACUGCAUUGAAAAAGUCGUAACAUUUCUGGCUCAUGAAGACAACUUGGGGAAGACUCUGGUCUGCACAGCCCUGGGCUUCUCUGUCCUCACAGUUGUUGUUCUUGGGAUCUUCAUAAAGCACCGAGACACCCCCAUUGUCAAGGCCAAUAACCGGGAUCUCAGCUACAUCUUGCUCAUCUCCCUCAUCUUCUGUUUCCUCUGUUCCUUACCCUACAUUGGCCAACCCAGCACAGCCACCUGUAUCCUGCAGCAGACAGCAUUUGGGGUUGUGUUCACUGUGGCUGUUUCUACUGUCUUGGCCAAAACAGUGACUGUGGUUCUGGCCUUCAAGGCCACUUCUCCAGGGAGAAGGAUGAGGUGGCUGCUGGUAUCAGGGGCUCCCAACUUCAUCAUCCCCAUCUGUACCUUGAUCCAAGUGACUUUUUGUGGAGUCUGGCUGGGAACCUCUCCUCCCUUUGUGGACACAGAUGCACACUCUGAACAUGGUCACAUCAUCAUCCUGUGCAACAAGGGCUCCCUCACUGCCUUCUAUUGUGUUCUGGGAUACCUGGGUGCCCUGGCCCUGGCCAGCUUCACUGUGGCUUUUCUGGCCAGAAACCUGCCUGACACCUUCAAUGAAGCCAAGUUCCUGACCUUCAGCAUGCUGGUGUUCUGCAGUGUGUGGCUCACCUUCCUGCCUGUCUACCACAGUGCCAAGGGGAAGGUCAUGGUGGCUGUGGAGAUCUUCUCCAUCUUGGCCUCCAGUGCAGGGCUCCUAGGCUGCAUUUUUGCCCCCAAGUGCUACAUUAUUCUUGUGAGAUCUGAAAAGAACUGUGUGAAAGGUUUAAGAGAUAGAGUUGACUCAAGGGGAAAACAGGCAAAAUUUGAAGAUUUGAAGGCUCUAUGA